UCAUGAGAGUAGUCAGUCCUUCAACAUUUUGACAUUUUGUUACAGCACUAUUACAAAAUGCAAUGAAUUACCGGUAUCCCCCACAAUUUUACACAACACCUGAUCAUGACAACAUGGGGAAAAAAAUUAUGCAAAUUAUAACUAUUUAAAAACAAAGCUCAUUUAUAUACAUCUAAAUGUUCAUAGCCUAUGCUUAAUACAUUGUAGGCGCAUAUUUGGCAGCAACUGCAGCCUCAAGUCCUCAUUAUCCAUCAGGCUCGACACGCUGACUGUAUCUUUGGUCAGUUUUGCCCCUUUACUCUGUUAGUUUGAAUGGGGAGCAUCAGUCCACCAUGUUCUAAACAGGAUUCAACUUGUAACUGUGCCCAACCGUGCCAUAAGAUAGGCAAGGCUAUUAUAAGUGAGGUCAUGGUGAUACAACAGCUUAGUUUAAGUCACCACAGUAAGGCCACUGGGACCUCCAAAGCAGAAUAUUGUCGGUGCCUCGAAACAAUCCUAUCACUGAAGCCUACUGACAAUUCUUUCGACUUCAUACUUGGGUUGUGCUCAGACAUGCCCUGAGACCAGACAUAAACAGGUGUGUGUUUCUAAAUCGUUCCAAUCAGGGUUUACCACAGGUGGACUCCAUUUAAUAUGUCGAACAAGCUCAAGGAUGAUCAAUGGGAACGGGACGCACCUGAGCUUAGCUAACCCUGGAGCCCACUCAGCAUCGCGGCUAACUUCCUAAAUGUCGACGCGGAGCUCCAACUUGCUGUUGAUACGCGGCGGGGCAGCCCUCUUAAAAGUUGAGGGGGAGUUCAGGGGGGCGUUCCGGGGCUCGGAAAUUCCGACUUUACAGCAACACCGCCACCUCCUCUUCCUUCACCACCACCAUCGUCGCCGUGCAGCAUGAUCUCGAUGAUCAAUCGGCUCCAGGACGCCUUGGGCAGCGCGGGUCUGAGCUACAGCCUCCUUCUGCCGCAGAUUGCCGUGGUGGGGGGCCAGAGUUCCGGGAAGAGCUCGGUGCUGGAGAACUUUGUGGGCAGAGACUUCCUUCCCCGCGGCACUGGGAUUGUCACUCGCAGACCUUUGGUCCUACAGCUACAUCACGCCGACACCGAGUAUGGGGAAUUUUUGCACUGCAGGGGGAAGAGGUUCUCGGACUUUGAUGAAAUCCGCCAAGAAAUCGAGGCAGAAACCCGUAGGCUGACAGGAAACAACAAAGGCAUCUCUCCCAUACCCAUCAACCUCCGCAUUUUCUCCCCCAAUGUGCUCAACCUGACCCUCGUGGACCUGCCCGGCAUCACCAAGGUUCCUGUGGGUGACCAGCCGCCAGACAUCGAGUACCAGGUGCGAGACAUGAUCAUGCAGUACAUCUGCAAGGAGAACUGCCUCAUCCUGGCUGUGACGCCUGCCAACAUGGACCUGGCCAACUCCGAUGCACUCAAACUGGCCAAAGAUGUUGACCCACAGGGCCAGCGCACGAUAGGUGUGAUCACCAUGCUGGACCUAAUGGAUAAAGGAACAGAUGCUCGGGAAAUACUCGAGAAUAGAUUGCUUCCACUGAGACGAGGUUAUAUUGGGCUAGUGAACCGCAGUCAAAAGGACAUCGAAGGGAAAAAGGAUAUUAAGGCAGCCUUGCAAGCGGAGAAAAAGUUUUUCCUGUCCCACCCAGCUUACAGGCACAUGUCUGACAGAAUGGGCACGCCGCACUUACAGAAGUACCUCAACCAGCAAUUGACGAACCACAUCUGUGACAGUCUGCCUGCGCUCCACAGUCACAUGCGGGGCCUACUUGUGUCCAUCAGUAAAGAAGUCGACGCGUACAAACUGUAUAAUCCAGAUGACCCCAUGUGCAAGACCAAGACCCUCAUCAAAGUCGUACAGCAACUGGCCGGCGACUUUGAGAAGUUAAUUGAGGGCUCAGCCGACGAAGUGAACACCGUCCACCUGUCGGGAGGAGCAAGGAUCAACCAGAUCUUCCAUGAGCGCUUCCCCUAUCAGCUGCACAAAAUGAAGUGCGACGAAAGAAAGCUGCGGAUGGAGAUCGCCUAUGCCAUCAGGAACAUCCACGGCGUCAGGACGGGCCUAUUCACCCCCGACAUGGCUUUUCAGGCCAUUGUAAAGAAGCAGAUCUCCAAACUAAAAAUUCCGUGUUUCGGCUUUGUCGACAUGGUCUGCAAGGAACUGAUCUCCACCAUUUACGAGUGCUUUAAUAAGAUCAGUUCUUUUCCCAAGCUGCGGGAAGAAACGGAGCGUCUCGUCACUGCCGAAAUCAGAGAACAAGAGAGCACAUGCCGAGAUCAGAUCUCUCUGCUCAUCGACAUGCAGCUCGCAUAUAUUAAUACCAAACACGAAGACUUUAUUGGCUUUGCUCAUGCUCAACCUCUGUGCCACCGUAGCGAUAACAAGAUCGUUGCUGGCGGUGGAGUACAACAGGGUGUGGCGCCUCCUUCAAGUCUAAUAGUCAUACGAAAAGGAUGGCUCACCAUCAACAAUGUCAGCAUCAUCGCCAAGGAGUACUGGUUCAUUCUCACCGCCGAGAGCUUGUCCUGGUUCAAGGACAACGAGGAGACGGAGAAGAGGUACAUGCUCGCUUUAGACAACCUCAAGGUCAGAGAUGUAGAGAAGGGCUUCAUGUCCAGCAAAUUCGCCUUCGCCCUCUUCAAUUCUGAAUCAAGGUCCGUGUGCCUCGAAUGAGUGUAUGUUUGUGUGUCAGUCAGUGAGAUGAUGUAGAGUAGGGGUGUCAGACUCAUUUCG